CAGUUACAAAUAAGUAAGUGUUGUUAAAACAUAAUAGAGAUUUGUGGUUACAUUCGUACGAUACAUACUUAACCCUUUUUUGCCGUGUUCGGAUAGUAUCUAAUUUACUAAUUAUAUAUAUUACACAGUGUGAAAUAAUGAGCCUCUAAAAAUGUGAAAGCUAAGUGAAAUUUAUGUUACAAAUACCUAUGUUUAGCGUUUGAUGAAAUUCCAGCUAAGUGUAGAUUUAUGUGAUAAGUUGAAGAAAUGUCGAGAGCUAAUAGUAUUUCCAGAGACAUCGAGCACGGCACCCCGGAUGAGGACGUCAACCAGCAGCUGCUGCUGGCGAGCGACGGUGGCGCCCCCUCGAGCCUCGCGGGGAGCCGCCGGAGUGAGUCGCCAGCUCGGGCUGGGGAGAGGGUUAGCAAUGGCGAGCCGCCUUCGCUCCGCAACCUGCGCCUGCUCAUGCCGUCGCCCCGGCCGGCGGACCCCACCCCGGGCUCCACCCCCUCCCCGCUGUCCACCGCCACGGCGUCAGCGCCGAGGAAGUGGAGACGCAGCGACAAGAGGCAGCGGCGGCUGAAUACGGAACUACUGGUGGCUGUUGAGGAGGGGGACUUUGAGGCUUUUGAAAGACUCCUCAACAACGGAGCCAGCCCCAACGCCACGUGUCGGCUGGACCUGGUCUCCGCGAGCCACAUGGCCGCCAUCUGCCAGCACCCGCACGACUUCCUGCUGCUGCUUAUACAGAAGGGCGCGGACCGGCACCGCGUGGACCGGCUGGGCCGCACGCCGCUGCACCUCGCCGCCUGGAUGGGGCACUCCCGCCUGGUCGCCAUCCUGCUGGGGUUCCCUGAAGACAUGUACGACCGUGUAGCCAGCGAGGACAUGUCGUCAGAGACGGAGGAGGACGUGGUCCGGUACUGCGUGAACACGCGCCGGCUCGCCAACCUGGCGUGCCGCCCCGCCGAGCCCGGCGCGCCGCUGCCCAAGGAGUGGCGCGACAACAUCGACCACCACUGCAUGAAUAUACAGGGCAGCCUCCCACUGCUCCAAGACGGCUGGACUCCCCUCCACGUGGCGGCAGCGUGCGCGCGCCGGCACUGCACCCGUCUGCUGCUGGCUGCCGGGGCCGACCCCACGCUCUGCGACAUCACGGGCCGCACGCCGCUAGAUGUCGCCGGCAUGGCGCAUUACUACGAUGUGAAGAUUAAUAAGCAACACUUCACUCAAGUGAUCAAGAUGCUAGUGGAACACGAAGGCACUUACAACACGAUGAAGCCUCAGGGUCUGGACAACGUGGUGACUCCUCUCCACACAGCUGUGGAGCUCGACUGCGUUGAGGCUAUCCAGGAGCUGAUGGAGCUGAAAGUGUCCAUAUCCUGUCUCAAUGAGGCCGGGCAAACGCCACUGCAUCUUUGCGUCAAACAUAAGGCGGAAGUGGCUUUACAGGAACUGGUGAACUCCAGUCAUGAGUCAGAUCCCUUUGCAGCAACAGUCGAUGUGAGGGACUUUGAGGGCAACACAGUACUGCAAGCCGCGGUGGAAGCUGGCUGGGUGUUCGGAGUCUGUGUGGCUUUGGAAGCUGGCGCUGAUGUUACUAUAAAGGCACUUGACGGAGACACUCCAAUCCAUGCUGCUGCAGCUCUAGGUGACUUGGGCGUAUUGCAAGAAAUAUUGAGUGUCGCCAAGCAAAAAGAUUCAAUAGAUUUGCAGAAUUCAUGUCGAGAAACUGCUCUAUUCAAAGCAAUAUCAGCUGGAAACGUAGAUUGCGUCAAAGCUAUUCUAGCAGAAGGGGCAAACAUUACUAUAGCUCUUUCGAAAGAUUACACAGUUUUUCAUAGAGCAGCUGAACUAGGUCACCUUGAAAUACUCAAAACUCUCGUAGAACAUGAAAAUGAAGCUCAUAUUGACAUGAUAAAUAUUAGAGGCAGCUGUAAUAAAAUGGGAUUCAGUCCACUACACUAUGCCGUAUUCUUCAAUCAUCCGGAAUGCGUUGAAUACCUUCUAUCAAAAGGUGCAGAUGUUAGAAUCAGAACCUGCACUUCUCAUAAAGAAGCAACCCCUUUACAUCUAGCGGCUUUGAGGAACUAUUGUAAAAUAGCAGAGAUAAUUCUUAAGUUCGAUAGGACGACGAUUCACGAAGUGGACAGUAUGGGGUGGUUUCCUCUACACACGGCGGCUCAUAAUGUCAGUCGAGAGAUUAUUCCGUUGCUUCUUCAGGCUGGUGCAGAUUUGUCAGGAUACACGGACGGCCCCAAAAAGUACAGAAGAACAGCUAUCGACAUGGUAGUGAAUAACCUAUCCAAGCCGACAGAAUAUCUCGAAGAGCUCUUUGACUCCUUCAUUACGACCAGUGAUGGCAACUUGCAAGAUCAAAACAGCAUUGUACGGAUAGACUACUCGGUACUGAUGCCGAGGUGUUGCGAGAUGGAGCAGAUGAAAGUAAUUGAAGCGCUGCUCAAAACUGGAAACAGAUAUCAACAACAAAGGCUGUUAGUGCAUCCACUAUUGGAAAGUUUCCUGUAUCUAAAGUGGAAGGCAUUGCUUCCAUUCUUCUACGUAAUACUUUUGUUUUACGCUUUCUUCUUGCUAUCGCUGACAGUCUUCGUGGUGUCCGUGUUUUUCUACAAGGAUACGAGUGACAAGAUACCAGUCUUCUUCAACGCGACGAUAUGGGGGUACUUCGUGUAUGGUUCUGUCUUGCUAGUUUGUUCUCAGGAACUCCUCUACAUGAACUUCAAAAACGGCAAGAGAUAUUUCUUCCAAUUAGAGACUUGGGUGAAGUUUUUCUCCCUCGGAAUGGCUUUGUUUCUGCCAUCAGCCAUCACCAUAGCGUCGUGGUCGCAGGCGGAGUGGCCUCGCCACGUGGCUACAUUCGCCCUGCUCCUGUCCUGGCUCGAAAUGAUGUUCCUGCUGUCCAGAUUCCCGAACUGGGGCUACUACGUUCUUAUGUUCGCCAAAGUUGCCGGCAAUGUUGUAAAGAUCCUUCUCACCUUCGCAUUCCUUGUCAUAGGGUUUUCUCUUGCCUUCAUGAUCCAGUUCCGUUCGCAUGCGCCAUUCGAAGGCCCGUGGGAGGCCAUUGUGAAGACUAUAGUGAUGAUGACGUCAGAGUUUGACUACGAGGGUCUGUUUGACGAAGAACACACCAAAGGCCUUUCCACAUCUGUCCUUAUACUUCGCAUAAUGUUCGUAAUAUUUUUAGUACUAGCUGCGAUAGUUCUCAUGAACUUAAUGGUUGGCGUUGCUGUUAAUGAUAUAAAUGAUUUGGAAGUCCUCGGAAAUAUAAAAAGGUUAGCCAAGCAAGUGGAAUUCCUUGGAUCCCUUGACACUCUGAUGUACAACAAACCUUUCAGUAAAAUGCUGCCAAGUAGAGUGCGUCACCGCAUUAGAGGUAAGAGCAAUGUAAGUGACGUGCUAGAGAUAUAUCCGGGUAGACCAAGAUGGCGGCAUACGAAAAUGAUUCCUUCUCAUUUGAGGGAUGCCAUAUUUAACAAAGCAACGACCCAGAAGAUGAAUCUUGAUCAAACCACAUUUAUGCAUGACAUGUUUUGCAAAAUAAAAGAGAUACACCAGACAGUUGUGAAUAAAGAUGACCAAGAUAACAUGAAAGCUAUUGAAAUUAAACGAGAGAACGAAGAAUGCAUUAUAGAAAAUGUAAAAACAAAAGUGAAUCAAGAAAUAAUGAAUCAUUUGGGUGUUUUGGAUGUAGAUAUAAGUGAAAUUAAGGAUCAAAUAUCUAACAAUGCAUCGAAAACCGCGGUAGAGGAAGUAAAUGUGAAACUUGAUCAGAUGUCGUUAGAAAUGGAACAAAUAAAACUUAUGUUAAGCAGGCUCGAAAGUAAGAUAUGUAAGAUAUGACGAAGUAAAUUGCAUAAGUAACUUAAACCUUUUUAUGUUCCUG